AUGCAAAUGGGAGCAAAGUCACUCAGUGCACAUCUCGACUUUCCACACUUGACCCUGGGCUAUGCUCGCUGCCCACUGGAAUUUGAGUUGGCGCCAACAGCAGCUUUGAGCCGUAUUCUCUUCUGUCCUGGAAGGCAUCUUUCGAUAACUCGUCUCUGCUAG